CUGGUGCUGGGAAACAUCCUCCGACAAAUGGUGCGAGCGCGAACUGGGAACAGGGAAUAACUGUGAUCGACUAGAACAAUUACAUGAGAGAGGUAUGCGUCAACAACGUAGCCAACCUAGAGCAAACCAAGAUCAACGGCGAAGGAAUAGUGGUUGAGAUCAAUGAGAGUCUGGAUUAAUGUUUGUUAUUUUGAGAAAUGAAAAAACAAUUUAAGAAAAUAAUGGUAUAUUUUUGUGGAAAUGGCGACAUGAUAAAACACAUCUGCAUUUGUGAAAAAGUUGGACUGGAGUUAACUGUGACGUACAGUGUCCGAACUACGGGGGGACUCGGGGGAUCCGAGACCCCCUGAAACUGACACGAGAUCCCCCGAAAACAUGAUUUGGGAAAUGUUGGGGGGUCUCUAAAAUAUCAGUCAAGUCAAGCGCAAGAGCAAGCGCCCCCCACCCCGAGAGAAAAAUGGGACCCCCCGAAAAUCUCGGCAUAGUUCGAACACUGGUGACGUAGCUCUGGCUCAUAAUAAAGCCAUGUGAGAGCAGAAGAGACUCCAUAGGCUCAGAGCAGCGAGGAAGUGAACACACGAGAUGAUCUGGACCAUAUUUCUGCUUUUCCAAGCUGUCCUGCUUUAUUUCCUUCUCACACAUAGAUCGAGAUCCAAGAACGAUCCACCUCUAGACAAAGGAGUUAUUCCCUGGUUAGGCCAUGCACUUGAGUUUGGAAAAGAUGCUUCCAAAUUCUUGGACCGAAUGAAGCAGAAACAUGGCGACAUUUUCACAGUGCGUGCUGCUGGACGUUAUGUGACGGUGCUGCUGGAUCCGCACUCCUACGACACGGUCAUCAAUGACUCAGAAUCCCUGGACUUUACUCGCUAUGCACAGGUUCUCAUGGAGAGGAUUUUUAACCUGCGGCUCCCUCAUCACCAGCCAGCUAAUGUUUCAGCCAUAAUGAAAAAGCACUUCACAGGAGUGAAUUUGGCUGCGCUGAACAGCACCAUGAGCAGACACCUGCAGGCCUCCCUGAAAACUGAGAUGCCUCAGAACCAGAAAGACUGGAAAGAGCAGGGACUGUUCAACCUUUCUUACAGCCUACUUUUCAAGGCGGGGUACCUGUCGCUGUUCGGAGGAGAACAGAACAACAACAGCACAGAUCCCUCCAGCAUCUAUGAGGAGUACAAGAAGUUUGAUGGCCUCUUGACUAAAAUGGCGAGAGGCACACUGAAGCCAGAGGAGAAGAGGACGGCCCAGAGUGUGCGACAGAGACUGUGGGAGUUCCUGGCUCCAGCAGGUCUGACUCAGGACUCAGAGUCAAGCCCUUGGCUCCACGCCUACAGGACGCUCCUGCAGGAGCAUGGGGCCAAUGAGGAGACACAAAAGAAAGCUGUGCUGAUGCAACUGUGGGCCACACAGGGUAAUGUUGGUCCUGCUGCAUUUUGGCUGUUGGGCUACUUAUUGACAAACCCUGAAGCCCUGACAGCAGUGAAGAAGGAGUUCAGUGGUAUCUCACCGAUGGAAACCUCAGAGACCUCAUUACUGGACAGACCUGUGAACACUCCUGUGUUUGAUAGCGUCUUGGAAGAGACCCUUAGACUCACUGCUGCCCCCUUCAUCACCAGAGAGGUAGUGCAUGAAAAAACCCUCCACAUGGCUGAUGGCCAACAGUACCUGCUGAGGAAAGGAGACAGGGUGUGUUUGUUCCCCUUCAACAGUCCUCAGAUGGACCCAGAGAUUCACCACGAGCCACAGAAAUACAAGUACGAUCGCUUCCUGAAUAAAGAUGGCUCAGUGAAGAGAGAUUUUUAUAAAGGAGGGAGAAGGUUGAAAUAUUACACCAUGCCAUGGGGUGCAGGGAUCAAUGGCUGUGUGGGAAAGAAGUUUGCCAUCAAUACCAUCAGACAGUUUGUUUACAUGGUGUUGACAAACUAUGAUUUGGAGCUGUCUGACCCAAAUUCUCAGCUGCCGGAGGUAAACGCCAAUCGUUAUGGAUUUGGGAUGCUUCAACCAGAAAGGGACUUGCUUGUCCGAUACAGACCUAGAAAUUCACACUAGGAAUAUAAAAGCAAUCAAAACACUGAUCUUUAAAGCACAUUUCAACACAUGCACAUUGUUUACAGUGUCAAUAUGCCCGUUUGUACUUUUGUAUCCUUUAUUUAUAUGAUAUAGUAUAUAAUUAUUUUGUUAUUUAUCAAUAAAUGUAAAUCAUA